AGGACUACAUCUUUUCUCACGUGAAUUCGGAAAAGUCCCGCGCAUCGAAUCCAUCGAGAGGAUCCAAGGAACUGGAAUUCUCACGGCAAACUUCUCAGGAUUCUCAGGCAUCUAUCGAGACCAUCGCAGUAGGACCCGUGAAAGUCCACUCCAUGGGCCUGGAUUCGGACUGGAUCGAUUCUGGACUGAAGCAAGGCAUGGGAGGCCCCGUGCAUCAAGGCAUGGGAGGCCCCGUGCGCUUGGAAUCUGUGGGCGUUGAGUCCUUGCACUCGCUGCACUCCCCGACCUCACCGCAGUCGCCAAGUUUCGAGCCCCGAGUCCUGGGCGACGUCGCAGUGUUCGAAGAAUGUUGAGGCGGUGGACG